UUUCUGCUUUGUUCACUGAUAUACUGCUCUUUGAUCAAUAAAGUUUAAAAAAGCGAGCAUCCGGUUACCGCGAGAUUGUGGCGAGAACAUAAAAGACGCAACAUGGCGGCUUCAGACAAAGGCACGAUCGAGAAGGAAAUAAAAGAAGAAAAACAAGAGUGGGUUUUGAUGAACCCGAGUCAGUUAAACGUCAGAAUUAAAGAGGACGAGGGCCACGAGUUUACCAACCAGGAUCCGUACAGGCACGAGGUAAAGGAGGAGAAGUUAGACCCGGAAUUUGUAGACCAGCAACACUGGAGCUGUGGUGUGAAGCAGGAGAAACAGGACUCGGAUGUUAUGAACUAUGACCAGAUCAUCAUCAAGAGCGACAUUAAAGAGGAAACCCAAGAUCCGGAUAUCAGCGACCAGAACCACAUCAAGAGCGACAUUAAAGAACAGCCCCAAUAUCCAAAUAUUAGCGACCACAACUACCACAGAGUUAGAAUAAAUGAACAGAACUCUAAUCAGGACCAUCGGAGCUACAUCGGAGCUAGACCCGAAGAUAAACAGGAAUACAGAGGAAGAAGGGCUUCAAGGCUGUAUCUCUAUCGGCAAAAUGACCAAGCCUUCACCAGACCAUCAAAGUUAAAAAAUCAUCAGAUGGUUAAUUUUGGAGAGAAACCAUACAGCUGUGACAAGUGUGGCAAUACCUUUAAUGCAAGAAGUAGCCUAAAGAUCCAUCAGCUAAUUCAUACAGAAGAAAGGCCAUGCACCUGCACCGAAUAUGGAGAAGCUUUCCGCCAACCAAAGCAUUUGAAAAUCCACUGUCCUGUUCACACUGGAGAGAAAAGUCACUCAUGUGAACAGUGUGGAAAAGCAUUUUUAAGCAGGAGUCGUUUCUUGAGACACAAACGUGUUCACACUGGAGAGAAACCUUAUUCCUGUGAAAAGUGUGGAAAAGCAUUCUCUUGCCUCAGUCACUUACUGGGACACCAACGUGUUCACACUGGAGAAAAACCUCACUCGUGUGAACAGUGUGGAAAAGCAUUUUCUAGCAGGAGUCUUUUACUGGAACACCAACAUGUUCACACUGGAGAGAAACCUUACUCAUGUCAACAGUGUGGGAAAGCAUUCGAUUGGAUCAGUGCCGUGCAGGCACAUCAACGUGUUCACACUGGAAAGAAACCCUAUUGGUGUGAACAGUGUGGAAAAGGAUUUUCUAGCAGACGUAGUUUACUGAAACACCAACAAAUUCACACAAGAGAGAAAUCUCACUCAUGUGAACACUGUGGAAAAGCAUUUUCAAGCAAGAGUCUUUUCCUGAAACACCAGCGUGUUCACGCUAGAGUGAAACGUCACUCAUGUGAACAGUGUAGAAAAGCAUUUUCUAGCAGGAGUCUUUUAGAAAGACACCAACGUAUUCACACUGGAGAGAAACCUUACUCAUGUGAACAGUGUGGAAAAGGGUUCGCUGAGAUGGGUAACUUGCGGCAACAUCAACGUGUUCACACUGGAGAGAAACAUCACUGGUGUGAACAGUGUGGAAAAGCAUUCUCUCGGAUCCGUUACCUGCUAAAACAUCAACGUGUUCACACUGGAGAGAAACCUUACUCAUGUGAACAGUGUGGAAGAGCGUUUUCUCUGCUCAGUGCUUUACGGAUACACCAACGUGAUCGCGCUUGUGAGAAACCUCACACAUGUGCAGAGUGUGGAAAAGGGUUCUGUUUGAUCAGUGAGUUAUUGAGACACCAACGUGUUCACACUAGAGUGAAGCAUCACUCGUGUGAAUAUUGUGAAAAAGCUUUCUCUUUUAUCAAUGAUUUGCAUGUACACCAACGUAUUCACACCGGGGAGAAACCUUACUCUUGUGAACAGUGUGGAAAAGCGUUCUCUGUACUCAGUUCUUUACGGACACACCAACGUAGGCACACUGGAGAGAAACCUUACUCAUGUCAACAGUGUGGAAAAUCAUUUACUAACAGAAGAAGUUUACUGAUACACAAAUGUGUUUACACUGGAGAGAAGCGUUUCUGAUAUUAACUUUGGAAAAGCGUUCUCUCAAUAAGUAACUUCAUUUGACUCGUUGGUCAGCAGAUGUAUAGUAAUAUUCUGCUCUCACCUGUCAAUGAAUUCAAGGAAAUUAAUAUUGUUGAUGAUGAUGAUGUCAGCAUCAAACCCAAGCAGGAGAAACACAAACGUUACACAAGAAGAAGGUUCAAAGUGAGGGGAAGUCUCAAAACAAUCAGUCAGGAGGGAAAAAGGAAACUAGUGAGACAUUUAAUUUCACAAAAACAUUUUUUGAUAUACACUAAUAAAGUUUUAUCUUAUCAAAUGUUUUCAUGUUGUUUACUAAUUGAUGCAUCUAACCCAUCCCCUAGGGGAGCAAUGGGCAGCCAUAGUGCAGCGCCCAGGGACAAGAUUGAGUAAUGUGGAAUGACGAUGCCAUCCUUUGGUGGAAGCAACAAGUGUCCCACGGUCGCAUUCCUCAUGUCCUCUUUUCUUACUUGAGAAAGUUAAAAUAAACAUGCCAUUUUCGACCUUUUGAUAACCACAUGUUUUUGAUUUUGUGUAAUAAUUUCAACCUUUACAUUGAUUUAAAUGAUAGACUAAUCAUAGUACGUUGUUGUUUUUUUGUGAUGGAACUUCAUGAAAAGAGAAAAGCAUCUGAAAUUAUAACAGGAUAAUUUGAUCAAUGAAAACUUUGUUUUAGAUGUGUCCCAGCUUCUUCUUACAUUUGUUAGUUUUCCUCUAAUUCUCAUGACGUGUCAAACUUUCUUUAUCGAGACAGUUUUUCCUUUUUGGCUGGUUAGCAGCGCUGAUUAAUGGCACAACCAACUGAUCCACCAACAUGACUCAGGCCUGUGUGGGACGACACCUUGAUAUAAAAGUCCAGGCUACUGCAGCCUGACUGUGCCAAUUGACGCUAAAAACCGACCUACAGCAACAGAACAAGCAAGGCCAAACAUCUCUUUUUAAUUCAUUGAGAAUUCUAGUGUCCACUCUAGCUCUGAUAGUGAGGCAUCCUGAAUUUCACCAUUUUUUUUCUUUUCUUUUUUUUUUUUUUUUACUUUUUUUACUUUGAUGCGAACUGGUUAGCAUAUUGAGCUGCUGAUGCCCAGUUCAAAUCCUCUCAACUUGCCAAAAAAAACAUGCGAUGAGUUGCCUUUUACUUUGAGGUUACUUUUGAGGUUACUUUGAGGUUUUUUCAUCACCCUCUUAGAUAUUAACAUUCACUUAUAUGUUUAUGCUGGUUAUCUUAUGUUUGUUGUUCAUUAAUUUUUAUUUGCAAAUAUUUAUAUUUUUAUAUAUCCUGUAGUAGCAGUAGAAUAAUAAAACACAAAUGUUCUGGUUCUGUGUUCAUUAUUUUUCAGAGAAUGUCAGAGGUCCCUUAAACAGUAAGAAGAAUUUGCGACAUAAGAUUGAUUUGGUGCUCACAAAAUAAAAUCCUGUUGGAAUCUGGUCUGAAUCUGAUUCUGCAUGAAUAAGAGUUAAAAGGAAUAUUGUUUUCUUUUCUAUACAAGGAUGUAUUUUUGCCAUAAUAAUUGGUUUCAUAGCUUUGUUAUAAAAAUUUAAAAAUGCAUUGGAAAUGUUAAAACGUUUUGUGGAGGAGUUUAUUGUCUUCUUAUAAGAAAGAAAGACCCAGAUAUAUUUAAUUGUCUAUUAUUUCAUGAUGUGUUCAAUGUACCACGGGAUAAAAGACAAACGGAAAGAGAGAGAACAAGGGAGGAGAAAACAGGGAGAACAGAGGAAAUCAAGGCAACAGCCUCAGAGAGCGUGGGCUUUUAAAGUUGCUCAAAGUUAUUUUCAGUAAGCCUGGACAACUGUUUGCUGCAACAGUGGAUUGCAGGAGAGCAGGGGCCUCAAUCUAGGCAAUACUUGCAAAGAUUUCCUACUAAACUUGGGAUAAGUUCAAAUACAGAAAAAUGAAUAAGUAGAUAUGUAUCAAUCACUACUAAGUGCAUGUUAUGGCUGUUUCCUUUGUACAUUCCAAAUAAUAUAGAAUUGAGCAGACUCCGCCCAUGACACGCCUCCAUAUAAAUAUGUUAAUUAAUUUACUUUGUCUGUGCAGUACGCUGAGCGGGACCGUGCAUGCAGGUAUUAUUGCUGCAGGUUCCGCACAGUAACAGAAAUUAAAAAAUUUAAGUGGUCUGACUUAAAGGAAGACGUUUAGCAAAGUUUACCACCAAACCAGGCGGAGGUGAAGGAGAAGACGAACCAACCUCCUCACACUGUGUUCAGCAAGUAUUAGGAAGUUUACAUUAAACCACCGACUAGUGUUGACGCCGUAGACAGGAUGAUUAUUAUGAGUGCACAGGUUCUAUGUGCAACAAGAAGCAAUACUAAGGCUGUUAAAUUACUUAUUGUCCAAAAAGCCACCGAUCUGGUACCAGCUUUCAGUCUUUUCCAAUGAAUGGAUUAUCGUUAAACCAGGCACCUCGCUACAGCAUCACUGACUGUAGCUGCAUUUGUAUGUCACAAAUUAUUUGUACAUUGAUUAAAUAAAAAUGUUCCCUGUA